CGCAUGCUUAAUGUAAUACUGACUCUUUAGUAGAUAGGUCAGAAUUGAGUUACUUACAGAUGUAGGCUUCUGUUACCACUAUCUACCGUCUACCUUUUGAAUUAUGUUGAAAUUACGCAUUGUUGCCACCCCUGCAAUAUAUCCGUCUCUUUCACAUUUGUGGGAUCUCUCUUCGUAUUUUCGUCAAACAGAGACUCACGCCAGUUUGUGUCCAGCACUUGUAGAGAGAGGUUAUUAUAGUUUUAUUGAACGAAGACCCAAUCAUUAUUGAGUGUGUUUACGACUAAAUUUGAAGUUGAUAAUGUCGCUGAAUAGCUCGAAAAAGAUAAUAGAACUUAUUCGGACUCGAAAUCCGGCGCCACUAUUGGCAACACAAGAUAAAGGACACGAAUCAGUGCCAUCAACAGAAGUGACGAUGUUAACUGAUAUAACAAACAAUCCCGAAAAUCAGCAUUACUCAAACGUACAGGAAUAUUUUGAAGUUUUGGAAUCACCUUCAAUUAACAAUGAAAAUGACUUUCAUAACAUCACAGACAUCCACGAUUGCACUGAUGAAAAACAUUCCAAAUCUGAAAAUAGCGAUGUCGAUUUGAGCGAUCAAGAUUCGACAUACAUUCCAACUAAAAAGAAAAAGCAAAUACCAAUAUAUCCAAGUCGAUCAAGAUCAUCAGGGAGCUCCUCAUCUUCUACAUGUUCUUCAUCCUCAUCAUCUUCAGGAUCUUCGAGUGAUAGUUCCGAUACAGACUCCAGUAAUGAACAAAACAAAAUAAAAAAUAACAUUAUUCAGCAAUCAGCAAAACAAUCGGAGCAAAGAAACAUUAAUGAACCUACAAUAACCGAAGUUGCGAAAAAUCAGGAAAUCAGACAAUAUACUACAUUACUAGAAGAAAAUGAAGGCGAGAAGAAGGGAAGGAAACGUAAACGGAAAGAAGAAAGCUGGAAACAGAAUAAAGCUAAAAGUCUGAGAAAUGCAGGAAAAUCAUACAUCAAUAUGAAAAAUAAAACAAUUAAUCCUCGUUCUGUUCAACUACCCUGUGGUAUUCAAUGUAGACUCAAAUGCUGUAAAAAGAUAACUGCAGAUCAAAGACAAACAAUUUUUGAUAUGUAUUGGAAUCUCGGCCAGGUUGAUGCUCAAAGAUCAUUCAUUAUGUCUUGUAUGACUAAUAUAAACCCAAAAUAUAAAUAUACAAAUGCUAGUAAUCCAAGAAAUUGCAAUAAAGCUUUCCAUUUCGUAGUAGAAGGGCAGUCUGUUCGAGUCUGUAAAACGUUUUUUAUAAAAACCUUAGAUAUUUCUGAUCGUGUUAUACGAACUGUCAGAAGCAAAAUAGAUGAACAUGGAAUUCUAGCACAAGAUCUGAGAGGACAGCACAACAACCAUGCAAGAGUUGAUAAACAACUACUAAACGAUAUUAAUGAGUUUAUAGAUUCGAUACCAAGAAUUGAAUCCCAUUACAUUAGGCAAUAUUCUACUCGUGAGUAUAUUGAUGGCGGGAAAACAAUUUCAGAUCUUUUCAGAGACUUUAAAGUAGCUCAAAAUGAAAAUAACAAAGCAGCUGGUAGAUAUUGUACAUUUUAUAAAGUAUUUACACAAGAUUAUAAUAUAUCAUUUUUUCGUCCCAAAAAAGAUCAAUGCGAUUUAUGUUUGCAAUAUAAUAACACGACGCUUCAGCAAAAAGUAUUACUUAAUGAUUUGUACAAUGCCCAUUUAGAAGAAAAAACAUUGAGCCGCCAAGAAAAAUAUAAUGAUCGCUGCAAAAUAGAUGAUGGAAAUAAAGUUCUUGUGUUUGAUCUACAAGCUGUUUUGCAAUCUCCUAGAGGAAAUAAUUCAGCAUUUUAUUACAAAUCAAAAUUUGAAAAAACUUCAAGAAGAUUGGGGUGUUAACUUUAAUAAAAGUAAAAACGGGACUACUGUUUUAUGGAAUGACAUAAAGGUGAUAAUGGUGAAAAAAGAUACACCUUUUUCAUUUUUCAUUAAAACUUCGUACAAACAUAACGUAUACCAGGAAGUAAGCAUCAGAAAUACAAGGAAGAAAAUGCUUCCUCUGCUUCUAAUUAAACCAACUAAUGCCUACAUACAAAAGAAAGAGCUAAGUGAGAACAAAAAGAAAGAUCUGAGAGAGCUUUUAUCAAAAAAAAUUAUUCCAAAUUUUUAUUUAGAUUUUUAUAACUCUAUUCUUUAAUAGUGUACCCACCUUAUAAUUAAUAAAUUAACUUAAGAUUAAUAAAACAAUGAUUACAUACCAAAGUUAUUUAAAAAAAUCUAAAAAGUUUAAUUAUGUUUUCUUUAUAAGUUUUGAUUUUGUUUUAUAGUAAUUUAACUAAACUUGAUUAAUACAUUGAUUUAUUUUAUAGGUUUAAUAACCAAAGUGUGUAUAUUUUUUAAGUUUGUUAAAACUUUUAUGUUCUAAUAUAGAAAUUUUGUUUUAUAAUUUCAAUUCAAACAAGCAAUUCUAUUGCUUUUUUUUGCAUUAUUUUUAUGUUGAUUUAUAGAACCAAUAAAUAAAAUUGAGACGUCAAAUUUGUUAUUUGUAUGUGCUACUGAUAAAGAAUAUUGCAAUAAAAGUUUAUUAUUUAUA